GUUAAUCAUUCAGAAUGAGUUCACAACGUGUUUAUAAAGCCGUGAAUCCUGAAAAGAUUCGUAGAUGCUUUACUCAGCCAAUGAUGAAUUUAUCUAGAGGCGAGUCAAAUAAUUCAUCCAAAGUAUCUCCAUUCAGUGAUAAAGAAAAGUUUCUUUUCGGUGAUCCAGAUAAAACAUCAAGUAAAAGAAAAAGUUCAUCAGAUAAUGAAAAAUUAUCUAAAUCAAAAUAUAAACUUGUAAUUGUGCUUCCUCUGAUUUUAGACAGAGAUUGUGUUCCCUUAAAGCAACCAUUUUCUUUUCAGAUUGAUGAAAAUCAGCUUUCUGAGUUUGGAUUCGAUUUUCCAUUCAAAGCUUUUUUCGAUGAGAAAAAGAAUUAUUUCAUUUUCAACAUCUGUGAGCAAAAACUAACCAUACAGAUAUUUGCGAUUGCUGAUAACAAAUCUGAUCUUCUUAAAUGCUUUCAAAACAACGUAAGACAAAAUCCGAUGUGGAAGAAUUUGAAAAAGAUCUUUUCUAAUUGGAAUUUAAAAGUUAAACUUCAAUAUGCUCCACUCACCGAGGAAGAAGAUGCUCCAGUUCAACAUGUUCUUGGUCCAAAGAUAAUUGCAAAUAUUAUGAGCGAGUUCAAGCGUGAUGUUAAUUUGAGUGCUGAAAAACAAAUUCAAAUCAAAAAAACAAGAACUGAAGGUGAAAAGAAUAUUUUUCCCCAAGUCACCGAAAAGAGUCCAUCGAUUUUGAAACCCUCCAAGCCUAAAGGAUUGUUGAUGGACUCAGAUGAAUGUGAGACGGACAUCGAAAAUGAUCCCUGUAGUAAUGUCGAUGAAAAUGUUCAAAGAGACGAGAAUAUGAAAAGUAAAAGAACUAAAUCAAAUGACCAGAUUGUACAAGAUUUAGAUAAAAAAUUGAAUGCUCUUGCUUCAUCUACAUCAAGGCUUUCUGAUAAUGAUAUUCUUGGAUCGACGAUAAAAACCACAGUGGAAAUAAUCCAAGAAAUAUAUCAAAAGUUAAUGAAAGUGGAGCAAGAGCCAAAUACAAUCGUGCAUAAAGUUCCUGUGAAAGAUGAUACAUAUAAAAUACGAAAAAAGGUAAAGAAAAUACUUUUCCAAAAUCUUUACUGAGUUUUUUUCUCUUGUUUUUCCUUUAUUCAGAAUUGGAUCUUUUUGGAGG